AUGACAAAUUGGUUGCCGAGCAUCCCCGAGGGCCACGGCCCGCUCUACAUUCGUCUUGCCGACUGCAUCGCCGAGGAAAUCGCGACAGGUAAACUCGCUGCAGGUGCAAAGCUGCCGCCCCAGCGAAACCUGGCGUAUGAUCUUGGUGUAACCGUCGGCACAGUCGGCCGCGCCUAUGCGGUCGUUCGUCAACGUGGACUGGUCAGCGGAGAAGUCGGCCGGGGUACAUACGUCCUCGGCACCCAUGAAGGUGAAGCGCUCGCAGAAGGGACCAAGCCUGCGAUCAACUCCCUUUCAAACCCGGGCAACGGCACCGGAUCUGCCGUACCGGCAGAGGUUUCCUGGGUUCAGGGCGCGAUGAAAACUCCCAAGGACAUUGCGUUCGCAGGCACACGUGUUUCGGUGCCGUCCCCAGAAGCCAUCCGUUUUGACAGUACAUCCGCACCGGAGGUCGGUCAGGCACGGGCGAUCCGUGAACUGACUGCCGAGAUCACCCGCGAUGCGCCUUAUGAUAUUGCCAGUUACACGCGGUCCGUACCUGAACGCUGGCGGGAGGCUGGACGUGUCUGGUUGUCCCGGGGCGACUGGCAGCCACCGGAAGGCUCUAUCGUGCCGACAACGGGCGCCCAGGCGGCGAUCAUGGCGAUCAUAACGGCCACAACAGCACCUGGAGACCAGGUCGCCUUCGAAGACCUUACCUACAGCUCGAUUGCCCGUGGUUCGGCACUUACCGGACGCAGACCCGUGCAGAUCACAAGUGAUGAGGAGGGUCCUCUUCCGGAUGAUCUCGCCAGCGUCUGCGCACAGCGCCACCCGAAGAUACUGUUCGUCAUGCCGACAAUGCACAAUCCGACAACCAGACUGAUGGGCGUUGAAAGACGCAUCGAACUGGUGGAGGUCGCCCGCCGGCACAAUCUCUGGAUCAUCGAGGACGAAGUCUACGGAUCAUUGCGCAAUACCGGCCUGGCUCCAUUUGCGGAACUCGCUCCGGAGCGCACUUUUCAUGUCGGGUCCCUGUCCAAGGCCGUCACGGCAGGAGUGCGCGGCGGCUGGGUCUCCAGUCCCGUUUCUCACGCCCAGCGGAUCUACACGGCGCACAAGAUGCUGACAGGCGGCAUAUCGUUUCUGCUCUCGGAACUGUCAGCGCGCCUUGUCCUCAGCGGAACCGCCGACACCUUGCGCAAGGGCGUGCUGGAGGAAAUUGCCGCCCGUCACGGUCUGGUUCAGCAACUACUUGAUCCAUUCGAGCAUGCUUCGGCGGCCGAUGCCCCGUUUUUCUGGCUCAAGGUUCCCGAGCCCUGGCUUUCGGGCACCUUCAAGGCUGCAGCCGCAGCCUUCAACACGCUUGUUGACGACGAGGACGAAUUCAAGUCGGGACGCUCCGGCAGGGUCUAUCAUCGUGUGCGGGUCGGCAUUACAAAUCCACUCACUCGGGAAGAAACGGCCAAGGGCCUUGAAAUACUGAGAAAUCUCCUGGAAGACAGCGGUGCCGGUUACGACAGUUUUGAAUAG